AUGAAAAGAUGUUCCCUUGUCCUCAACACUGCCAAUGGGGUAGCUGUCGGUGAAGCAACCCUUCCAAUUUGGAAGGAACACUUCAAGACCUUGCUGUAUCGGCUAGUACCGUCAGCUCCUGAACUCGAAAACGUUCAUAGACCGACACAUGCGGUUAACGAGGAGCUACCGACCGAGUCGGAGGUCCUGGUCUUUACUCAAAAAAUCAAGAAUGGAAAAUCUGGCGGAGACGACGGGAUUAGCGCAGAAAUGUUAAAAUAUCUUCCUCCGUCUGGGAUUCGUGGAAUGACAGAGAUCAUCCGUUCAAUAUCGAUAGACGAAAGGAUACCUGAUUAG